CGGAAUCGGAAUAUAGAGGCUUCUGCUAGCGAUAUAUUUCACCGUUCGCACUUGUUUACGUUUGCCAUUAAAAAUAUUCAAAAAAAAUCUACCAAGUAACAGCGGUUGAAUCGCCGGUGGGAAAGUUGUAGAACGUGUGCCGUUGUGCGUCGGUGGAUUGGUGAAUUAUGUGCGUUUAAAAAUUGAAAAACCAUAAAGAGCGAGAGACAGGCGAAGGAAAAAGGCCAAGAAGAAAUAGCAGAAGAAAAGCAGGAGGAGCAGGUGAAACAGGUGGACGCAGGAGAUUCGCCACCAAAAAAAAGGAAAAACAACAUCGCCAGCAGGUGACAGCCAAGCAGAAAGUCAGCACAAAUAUGUCAAGCGAUUCGAGUCGAAGGAUCCAGGUGCCCGAGGAGCUGAAGGAGGUGCUGCUGCAGUUCUCGAUCUCCUUUCUGGUGGAACAGCCCCCGGACGUGAUCGAUUAUGCCGUCGAGUACUUCACCAAGCUCCAGGCGGAACGUCCAAGUGUCUCUCACACGGAUGCCAGUACCGAUGACCAGCUGAGCGUCAACUCACAGGAUGCCGAUGCAGAACCACCAGUGAUGGCCAGCUCGCGCCGCAAAUCAGUCUUCGCCGAGGCCUACGAUCCGGAGGCGGAUGACGACGAUGAUGGCGCCACCGCCGUGUUCCCCAAGACAGACGAGCAGCGGGCCCGGCUGGUGGAGUCGGUGAAGAACGUCCUCCUCUUCCGAUCCCUCGAAAAAGAGCAGAUGAACCAGGUCCUGGAUGCCAUGUUCGAGCGGAAGGUUCAGCCCGGCGACUAUAUCAUCCGCCAGGGCGAUGACGGCGAUAACUUUUAUGUUAUUGAAUCAGGCGUCUACAAAGUCUUUAUUAAUGACAAGCACAUUAACACCUACAAUCACACUGGACUCUUUGGUGAAUUAGCGCUGCUCUACAAUAUGCCCAGAGCGGCCACCGUGCAGGCGGAAACGAGUGGUCUACUUUGGGCCAUGGAUCGCCAGACCUUCCGCCGCAUCCUGUUGAAGUCCGCCUUCAGGAAGCGGAAAAUGUACGAGGAGCUGUUGAACAGCGUGCCCAUGCUGAAGGCCUUGCAGAACUACGAACGCAUGAAUCUGGCGGAUGCCUUGGUUUCAAAGAGCUACGACAACGGUGAACGCAUCAUCAAACAGGGUGACGCCGCCGACGGCAUGUACUUCAUCGAGGAGGGCACCGUGUCCGUGCGCAUGGACCAGGACGACGCCGAGGUGGAGAUCUCGCAGCUGGGCAAGGGCCAGUACUUCGGGGAGCUGGCGCUGGUGACACAUCGACCCCGGGCCGCCUCCGUCUACGCCACGGGCGGCGUUGUGAAGCUAGCAUUCCUGGAUGUCAAGGCAUUUGAGCGUUUGCUGGGUCCCUGCAUGGAUAUUAUGAAGCGCAACAUUGACGACUACGAGUCGCAGUUGGUGAAGAUAUUUGGCAGCAAAAACAAUAUCACCGAUACACGAUAAAAAGUCUGAACAACCAACCAAGAAAACAAAAACCACCAUCAACAGCUACAGCUACAGCUACAACAAACAGCAACUAUAACUAAAAUGAAAGGUCACUUGCAGGCUUCUUAGGAUUUUAUUUUGUAAACAUAUUUCUUUCAAAUUGAGCAAUUCUACAGACAGAAAAAUAAGAGCAAAGAACACAACCCACAACAAAGCACAAAUACCAAACAAAAACACAAGGACACAAAAAUCAUUUAAACUUAAUCAUGAAUAUUUGAUAAUUGAAAUUAAUCUAUAAUACUACGAUAAUAAUAAUGAUGAUAAUGAUAAUGUUGAUCAUGUUGGGGAGAAGCUAAGCAAUGUUUCUAAUCUAAAAAACAAGAAGAGCUAACAAGCGAGUUAAGAAUUGUAUUGUAUGUAUUUAGCAAUUGUAAUUUGUAAUGUAUUUAAUUGGGCAAAAUGAAUUCAAAUGCAAUCAGCAAAGAGAAACAACAAACGAUUGGCUCAACGGAAAUGUUAAAAAUACUAAUUUAAGUUUUGUUUAUUCAUAACUUUUUGUUAUCCAUUGAUUUAUUCAUAAUUUAGAAUAUAAAGCAAACACUUGUUUCAUUGGCUGCUAAUUAACUGAUAAGCGAAAAGUAAGCAAAAAUAUAUCAAUUAAGAGCAAAUUGAACACACACACACAUCAGCAAAGAGUUUCCCCACACAUAUGUACGAAUAACGAGAUAUCGAGAGGGAUACUUACCCAAAAAUCGAAAGGUAUUCGCCUGGGGAAACCCCCCCACCCAAAAACUAACAACCAUUAAUGUAUGUACUAGUCUAUACAUGAAGCAGCUGGACAGGUGUUUCGGCCAUAGGAGAGUAGGGAAUGAUAUCAGAUUUGCAGGUCCCCGAGAUGUAGGUUUUCCACUUCCUAAAGCGAUCUCACUGUAGGCACACGAGAAUGUUAUUGUUAUCCAGUUCUCGGAACGAAAUGAAAACAAAUAAGUAAUGCUAAAGGCACAAUCAAUAUGUUGCAAGGGAUCAACUUAGAAAACUUUGAGAAAAACUAGCGAAAAAUACGAAAUUUAGCAGAGAGCGCGGGGCGAGAUCCGGGAAAAGUUGUGUGCACCAGGGUGACUUUCGCUUGAACCGCUUUAAAUAUAUAUAUAUAUACAAACAUAAAUCAUUUAUUUUCGGGCCAUAGCGAAUACGAAUCAAAGCAAUAUCGACGGCCUGGAUAAUGUGUACUUAGUAUAUCCCUGUUUCUGUUGCUGUUCAAUACCCUAUCCUACUUAUACCCAUAUCUCUAUUUAUAUAACUGAAUGAGCUUAAACUAUGGUAAAGCCUAACCUAUACCUAAACGACUCCAACUACUUUAUAUGAGUGUAACCGUAUUGUUUUGAACAAACAGCGUAACUAAACAAAUCUUAGUGGGAUAAUCAGUAAACUUGCAUAUGUAGGUAUAAUAUUAAAUUAAAUCAAUUCAACUGGCAUACCAACAGUCGACAGGUGUUCAAAGCUAAAAGAAACUACAUAUAAAGAAACCGAAAAUAUCAUAUAUGUAAUAUUGCUACAAGUCGUUCAAAUUGUCAGCAAGGAAUAAUAAAACUAAAAUAUAUAUGAGUAUGUUUUUAAUCUUAAUUGGUGUCUAGUCUAUGUUCAAGACUUUAAAGCAACAAAAUUCUUGGAAAUUUUCGAAACAAAAUGAAAAUGAACGUGAACGUGAAGAAAGAGUUCAAGAAAUACAUAAAUAAUAACUAUUGUAUCAAGCGAGUAAAAUUAUAGAAAUUAAUUAAGAUGCAGAAAGUGCUGGCCAUUUUCUUCCACAUACCAACUACAACAACAACAAGCACACACACACACACACACACACAACAUCUACACACGCACACACAAGCCAUAUUUAAACUUUCCAUCAAGCAAAGCUCAAAAAGAAUAUUUAAAAAAUCGUUGAAAUCACCGAUGACAAACUCUUAACGCGCAAAUUUCAAAUUAAAGUCACUGAGAAGAGAAUACAUUAACUAAAAAUAGUAAAGCCUAUUCGUAUUUUAACUGUUGUGUUGUAAUUAUGCAUAAAGCGUAUUUAAUUAUGUAUGUGUAACAAAAAUAAAAAUGAAAAACAAAUACAAAUACAAAAACAAACGAAAUGAAAAACAAAAAAGAGUAUGUAUUAAUAAAGAAACAAAAAAAUAUUUGCAAAAUUUUAAGGUGUAGACACUGAAAAAAAAGAGGAAACACAAAUUUGAUUUAAAUUAAGCGCCGAAGAAGCUGCAAUAACACAUUAAAAAGCCAAUCAAAUUCAAAGUUUCCUGCUUUUGCCAUUAACAAAAUUUCUAUGAUUUUCGUUAUCUUCAUUUACCGAUGCCAAAACAUUGAUUUAAAUAACCAGCGGCUAAUACAAUGGCAUAGAGAGUUUAUUUAUAAGACCGAAGCGAUAAUGAUUAUUAAAAUAUGAAUGAAUUCAACUAACUUCAUAUUAAGAUGUCCUUGUUAUGUCGCAAAGAAUUCAUAAAAAUGAAAGUAAAAAAUAAAUGAAAACCUGAAAAAGCAAA